AUGGGGGUGGCUCUUCACCAGACAGGUCAUGGGCACAGUCACGGGGCGACGGGCGACCACCCCAACACCAGCGUCCGCGCUGCCUUCGUCCACGUCGUGGGGGACCUGCUGCAGAGCGUGGGCGUGCUCAUCGCAUCCUACAUCAUCUUCUUUAAGCCUGAGUACAAGUACGUGGAUCCCAUCUGCACUUUCCUCUUCUCUGCGCUGGUGCUGGGGAGUACCAUCCUCCGCGACGGCCUCCUCGUCCUCAUGGAGGGCACCCCAAAAGGGAUGGACUUCAACGCCGUGCAGGAGACGCUGCUGGCGGUGGCAGGGGUGGAGGCCGGUGCGAGCGCGCAGGAGGUGCUGGAGGAGGCCAGCGCCCGGCUCCAGGGCACCUUCCGCUUCCACACCACCACCAUCCAGGUGGAAAGUUACUCCGAGGAGAUGCGGGACUGCCGGGAGUGCCAGCCCCCCCGGGACUGA